AUGAAGCUUAAGUUCGGCUUUGAUACUAGACAAAAUGAGAGUAAAUAUACAGAGAUGGUUUGGGCGUAUUGUGAGGAAUCUGAAGCAGUGAGAAUUGUAGUAAAAACAAACGCAUUAGGAAAGAGAAGGCGAGAAAGGCCGAAAAAGAGGCAGUUGGAUGCGAUAGAGAACGAUAGGAAGACAGCUGGCGUAUGCGACGUGGAAUAUCGAAUCAAGUAG